UGUUGGGUAUCUGUUUUUCUUUAUAACAGUGUGUUUAUGUUAAUCCCAAACUUCUAAUUUAACUUCCUCCCUUUUUCCUUUUGAUAACCAUAAGUUUAUUUUCUAUGCCUGUGAGUUUGUAGCUGUUCUGUAAAUAACUUCAUUCAUAUCAUUUUUUAGACUCCAAAUAUAAGUGAUAUCAUAUGGUAUUUGUCCUUCUCUGUCUGACUUAAUUCACUUAAUAUUAUAAUCUCUAGGUCCAUUCAUAUUGCUCCAAAUGGCGUUUAUUUCAUUCACUUUUAUGACCGAGUAAUCUUGAUGCACCCUACAGAAGAGUGAAUGGGAACGGAUUAUGUGGAUGUGCAGAGGGGAAGAGAACAUGACUAAUGCCCACAAAGUGGGACUAAGUGCAGGUAUUCAGGACUUGUGUAGUUGGAGGGUCAAGCAAGGGAGUGAGUCAUGGGUGAGAGUGGUGAAGGCAGCAGAGGCCGGGUCACACAGGGCACGAGUAAGGACCGUGCAAGCCACUUUAUAGAUUGUACUAUCUGUAGGAAUAAAGAUUCUCAGAAAAUGAAGCUUUAUUGACAGUUAUCAAGCAGGGUAGAACCUGAUUAGAGUCUAACUUUAGAGAAAAAAAAGAAGUCACUCAAGAAUGAAUUGGAGUAAAGGUAGUGCCAGAGGCCAGUUACAAAGCUGUUUCAUAAGUUUUUAUAGAAACAUGGUGGUAGCUUAGACUAGGAUGGUCACCAUGGUGAUUGAGAGAACUAGACAAAAGUGAAAGAUAUUGAGAUAGAGUGUAACUGAAACACAGUAGAGUGUAACUGAAUAUGCCAGGUGGAUCUGGAAAGCAUCAUAGAAGUGACAUUAGUUUAAUUGUGAAGGAUGAGAACAAAUUUCUUGCAGUACCAUAGUUCAUCAUUUAGAUUAAAUUGUUAAAAUAUGUAAGUUAUAAAUGAUUAUUACCUUUUUGUCAGUAUUCCUUUCAGAAAUGUCAUAUAACUAGUGUUCCCAUUUCUCUAAUAGUGCUACUACGUGUACUAGAAUAGAAUAAAUAUGCAUUUCCUGAAAACCAUUUGACAAUUUUACCUUAUUAAUUCAGAUUAAUCCCUUCCCCAUGAAUAGCCACCCAAAUCCCAGUAUCCUACUGAGAACUGGGGACCUUUAAAAAAAUUUUUUCUACUACCUAUUAAAUUCUCUGUCCAAGUGAAAUCUCUGUAUCUCUAUACACAUCUCUCAAUAGGGAUGUAUCCUUCCCUGUUAAUUCAUGUUUACUUUUGCCUCAUAAGAUUUACGAUUAAAUUUAUGUAUUUUGGAAAUAAUUUUAGAACCUGAAAUAUUUUAAAUAGUCUUGGUUCUCUCUUAUUUUGAAAGAUAAUUGUGCUUAAUCUAGAGAUUGCCUAGGCUGAAGGUUUUUAGAUGUAGAAGAAUAUUCAUUUGCUAGCAUGUGUAACACUUCUCGUCUUUGCCGUCACAGGAAUUCACUGUAUAUACUUUUCAAAUCAAGAGAAAUUGUAUCUAAUACUUUGUACCAUUUUGUGAUUAUUUAACAUGUUACUUGUGACUGCUGAAGGGCUUUUGCUACCCAGUCAUCCUUUAGCAAGCACUUAGCUCUUCUUUAGUAAUUGAUAUUUUCAUUUCUCAUAUGCAUAGAGUGCUUGAAGGAAAUUUUUAUCUGGAAAAAAAAAUCUGCAUAGUGUUGUAGUGCGGUACAAUUUAUUUAGCAAUUUAUCUUUGCUCUCUACUUUUUAUUAAACAAUUCAAGCCAAGAAUUUUAGUUUUAAGUCCCUGCUUUAAAAUGGGAUUACAUGAAAUCAUCCAUGUGAAACUUUCAAAAUUGUAAAGCACUAGAGAAUUGAAAGAAUCUUUCAUUCAAUUAAAAAAAAACUAAAAAUAAAAUGAAAUAAAUAGCAACAACAAAAACUAGUGAUCGUUCUAUGGAGGCAGUGCCAGGUCAAAGAGAGGUCAAGAUCUAUCUCAUCUGGGCAUUGCUCUGUGCACCAUCUGCCAUGUUAAAUCACAAUGAUAAGUAGGAUGUGUACUUGGGCACCACUAAUUCUUGUUUUACCAGACUUUCAUGUCAUCUUAUGGUCAUUACCGUUGACCAAUUACAGUUGAUCAAAUUGAAUUAUCUUUAAUUAGUAGGUCUGUCUCAUCAUACAGUGGUCUGUCCUCAGACUUGGAAAGCCAAAUGUCAUUUUUGAAAGAAAAAAAAAUAGGGGGGUGCUAGGGAAACAGGAGGCUAGAAUUAUUUUAUGUGUAUUAAAGGAAAAGUAUAAUUUCAGUCAUCUUGUAAUAAGUGUAAUGAAAAUUUGCUAUGGUCUUUAAGAUCUUUGGAGGAAGGCAAUGCUAGUUAAGCAAUGUAUGAUAUUUAUUUUUUCUAUAUAGAAAUGACAUGCUGAGAUUAUUAAAACAGAAGUUCUAUUGUCCUUGGGAUGGGAAAAAAUAGCUCAUUCCAAAUAACUUAUUCUUAACAGAUUUAGGUUCCUCUGAAGAUUUAUAAUAUCUUUGAGUAGUGCCCAGCCAGGAAAUUUUCUUCUUGCUGCAAGCUGCACACACCAUUACAAAAUUAUAAUGAACUCACAAUGACUUACUCUUGCACAGAUUGAUUCUUAUACUUGAGAGACAAAUGGAUGACAAGAGGGCAUGUAUUCCCUCAAGAUGCCAACGGGUCUUUGAGCAAUGAAAUCUGCCUGAAAAACUAGAGAAGCAUAUAUGGUUAGAUAAAAUUGCAGAGAGACAAACUUAUCAUUUUCUGACAUUCUCUUUUGGGGGGGUGGUAUUGCCAUCUCACAUCAAAUCCUACUGUAUAGCCAUGUAUCAUGGUGACACCAGAUAAAAAAUGGAGUUCUCUAGGGCCUUAUUUGACCCAGAAGUUCAUUCAGCCAUUAUCCCUUGAUUUAGCCUUACAAGGGGUGGGGUCGAGGGGAGAGAGAGAGGGAGGGAGGGAGAGACAGAGAGAAGAGAGAAAGUAAGAAAAAGAAAGGAGACAAUUUUCUGCCCCCUUUCCCACUGAGUAUCACGUGAUGAUUUGUUUGUCUCAAUUUUACUGUUUGUAGAUAUUGGUAUUGAUCCCUUGUUUCUCUUUCAGAAAAAAAUACUAUUAAUGCCACUGUUAUAUCUAUCCAACAGUUCAAGUCUUCAUGUUGUGGCAAAUUUCCUUAAUGUCUCAAAAUCAGCACUAAAACUAACCUUAAAAAAUAGUUUAUGUUUGGGAAGCAUUACUGAAUCAAAUAUUAUUUUCAAAAAAAAAGUGUUAGUCUCUUCAUUCCUCUACUCUUUCCUUUUAUAAUACAUCCACACAACCAUCCAAAAGUGUUUUCAUCAUAACCAUGCUGUGUGCUGGGCAAGCAGUGUGCUAGGCUCUUGGGGAAAAAAAUAGCCAACAACAGACCUGAGUCUGCCCUUUGAAUUUACAUGUAUGGGUCAUUGUUAUUCAGCAAAGGUGUUUUGAAUGCAUACUGUGCCAACAGUGUACUUAUAUCAACCCCUAGUGCAGAAUUUGGGAAAAGUCUCUUUUGUGCUGAUACAUAAAAGAAGAUCCUGGGCCUUCCUCUCAGGAUUUUUACACAUAGCAGUGAUUUAUCCAGGGUGACAUGGUGUUGAAACCAUGUCUUCUGAAACAAGGACCUUGCCAGUGCAGUCAGAUAUGAGGUCUACAUUGCCUCUAGCACCUGGUUAGUUCACUGAGAAGGUGGGUCUGAUGGCCCCUGAUGGCCUAUAGAUAAAAUAAUUAUAUCAUGGGAUUAUGUCGUCUUUAUUAGAUGCUUGCAUCCAUGCCAGUUUGCUUCCCAAUCAAACCACACUUAUUCCCUUAGAGAUAUGUGAUAAAGAUAGGCAUUUUAGCAAUAGAGAAAGUUUCAAACAGAAUAAAAAUUCUAAGUGCUGUAGUAAUUAGCCUUUGCCUUUACCGAAAAUACUGUAUGGCUUCUGCAAUCAUACUAAAAAUUUAAAACAGUCAUGUCCUCUUUGGAAGGCAAAUGCUUUAAAUUGGAUAGAUUUCACUAGUUUUUCAGUGAAAGAAUUUGAAAAUUCUGCCUUUGGAAACCAACGUACUGCAUGGCAGAACUGGAUGUGUCUUUCACUUUAAAAUGCAGGCUCUCUCUGUGGUGAAUAUUUGUUGUGGUGAAGUAUUUGAAAGGAAAUCCUCAGAAUAAUUUGAGGUAAGGAAAAAAACACUGUGUUAAAAUAAGCCAACCCAUCAGUUUUGAACUUUGAAAAUUGCCUUAUUUUGAAUCAGAAAGAAUUAAUAAUCAUUCAUAGCAUAAAGAACAUAUGUUUGGAUUAUAAUACAUAAGCAUGUUCUAAAACAAACUUCCACAUUUUAAAGGACUCGGGUAUAACGCUGCGAUUGCAGUGCUUUCUCUAAAUUAAUCAAUGUUCUUUAGAGUUACUAUUGAUACUGUUAUAUAGUUACCUCGUGACUUGGUCUGUGCUUUGGCAAAUCUCUCUCACAAUAAGGGAUUCCUGUAAAUGUUGCAAAGUCUUUCACAGAUUAAACUUUCCCAUCAUUUUACCUUGCUUAUGCUAUAUUGUUUCAGCCUCGAUACAUGCUUUCUGGAAAGAAGAGUCCUGCUAGUCUGAUAAGAAGCUCUCUUUCCUGAGGUCUGUAUUUCGUGUGGGGAUCAGCGAGGAGAGGGAAAAGCCAGGAUGCCAAAUUGCAAAGAGUGUGCUUUACGGUGGGGCUCCAUCCAAAAAGGGUUUGUAAUACAGUGUACAGUCUUGUAGCCCAGCUGUGUGGAGCAUUGAUUGCUUCUGCCUAGAGCAGGGAUCCUGUCAAGUUGCUCUGUGAGUUGAGUCAUCUAUUGACAAAGAGCUACCAGCCCGCAGAUAAUGCUGUGCGGAGCGGCUCCCCGCUGCUCCCACUGCUCCCACGAUGCCCUGCUUAUAGCAGCUGUCAAAGAUACUGAGGGAUCCACGGGAGGAAAAAAAAAAGACUUUUACAACUGCCUGGAAGAAAGGGGUGUGAGGGAGGAGACAUUCCUGUGCAGAGCUGACCACAGGCAAGAGUAGGCAUCAGUGCAGUAUGAAUGCAUACCUCACCAAGCAACACAGCUGCAGCCGGGGGUCCGAUGGGAUGGACGCCGGCAGGAGCGCACCCACACUCAUCAGGGACGCCCACUGCGCUUGUGGCUGGCAGAGGAGCCCUCAGGGGCUCGGGUACAAUUCUCAGACUCUGCCCCCCUCGGGACCUGGAGGCCCAGCUUCACACAGGACCAGGCUGGUCACUUUGUGGGACAAUGUGCGGAAAAGCCCCCACAAGACGGGCGCCAAGGGCAAAGGGACUUGUGGGGAGCGUUGCGCCUGCCCACAUGGCUGGUUCAGCCCAGCACAGGCCAGCCCUGCUCCUAUAAUUGUCAACACAGAUACUUUGGACACGAUUCCUUAUGUCAAUGGGACAGAAAUUGAAUAUGAGUUUGAAGAAAUUACAUUGGAGAGGGGGAAUUCUGGCUUGGGAUUCAGUAUUGCUGGGGGGACAGAUAAUCCCCACAUUGGAGAUGACCCUGGCAUAUUUAUUACGAAGAUUAUACCGGGAGGUGCUGCAGCGGAGGAUGGCAGACUCAGGGUCAAUGAUUGUAUCUUGCGGGUGAACGAGGUUGAUGUGUCUGAGGUCUCCCACAGUAAAGCAGUGGAAGCUCUCAAAGAAGCAGGCUCUAUCGUUCGGCUGUAUGUGCGCAGGAGACGACCCAUUUUGGAGACUGUUGUGGAAAUCAAACUGUUCAAAGGGCCUAAAGGUUUAGGCUUCAGUAUUGCAGGAGGUGUGGGGAACCAACACAUUCCAGGAGACAACAGCAUUUAUGUAACUAAAAUUAUAGAUGGAGGAGCUGCACAAAAAGAUGGAAGGUUGCAAGUAGGAGACAGACUGCUAAUGGUAAACAACUACAGUUUAGAAGAAGUAACACAUGAAGAGGCAGUAGCAAUAUUGAAGAACACAUCAGAUGUAGUUUAUCUAAAAGUUGGCAAGCCCACCACAAUUUAUAUGACUGAUCCUUACGGUCCACCUGAUAUUACUCACUCUUACUCUCCGCCAAUGGAAAACCAUCUACUCUCUGGCAACAAUGGCACUUUAGAAUAUAAAACCUCCCUGCCGCCCAUCUCUCCAGGAAGGUACUCACCAAUUCCAAAGCACAUGCUUGUUGAAGACGAUUAUACCAGGCCUCCGGAACCUGUGUACAGCACUGUGAACAAACUGUGUGAUAAGCCUGCUUCUCCCAGGCACUAUUCCCCCGUUGAGUGUGACAAAAGCUUCCUCCUCUCAGCUCCCUACCCCCACUACCACCUAGGCCUGCUCCCUGACUCUGAGAUGACCAGUCAUUCCCAACAUAGCACUGCAACCCGCCAGCCUUCAGUGACUCUCCAACGGGCCAUCUCCCUGGAAGGGGAGCCCCGCAAAGUGGUCCUGCACAAAGGCUCCACCGGCCUGGGCUUCAACAUCGUGGGUGGGGAAGACGGAGAAGGAAUUUUUGUAUCCUUCAUUUUGGCUGGUGGACCAGCAGACCUGAGUGGGGAGCUCCAGAGAGGAGACCAGAUCCUGUCUGUGAACGGCAUUGACCUUCGUGGAGCAUCCCAUGAACAGGCUGCUGCAGCACUAAAAGGGGCUGGACAGACGGUGACGAUUAUAGCACAAUACCAACCUGAAGAUUACGCUCGAUUUGAGGCCAAAAUCCAUGACCUACGAGAGCAGAUGAUGAACCACAGCAUGAGCUCCGGGUCCGGGUCCCUGCGAACCAAUCAGAAACGCUCCCUCUAUGUCAGAGCCAUGUUCGACUAUGACAAGAGCAAGGACAGCGGGCUGCCAAGUCAAGGACUUAGUUUUAAGUAUGGAGAUAUUCUCCACGUUAUCAACGCCUCUGACGAUGAGUGGUGGCAAGCCAGGAGAGUCACACUGGAGGGAGACAGCGAGGAGAUGGGGGUCAUCCCCAGCAAGCGGAGGGUGGAAAGAAAGGAACGUGCCCGAUUGAAGACAGUGAAGUUUAAUGCAAAACCUGGAGUGAUUGAUUCAAAAGGGUCAUUCAAUGACAAGCGUAAAAAGAGCUUCAUCUUUUCACGAAAAUUCCCAUUCUACAAGAACAAGGAGCAGAGUGAGCAGGAAACCAGUGAUCCUGAACAACAUGUUUCUUCUAAUGCCAGCGAUAGCGAAAGUAGCUACCGAGGGCAAGAAGACUUCAUUCUUUCUUAUGAGCCUGUCGCAAGGCAGGAAAUAAACUAUACUCGGCCAGUGAUUAUCCUGGGCCCCAUGAAGGAUCGGAUCAAUGAUGACUUGAUAUCUGAAUUCCCUGACAAGUUUGGCUCCUGUGUGCCUCAUACUACGAGGCCGAAGCGUGACUACGAGGUGGAUGGCAGAGACUAUCACUUUGUCAUUUCCAGAGAACAAAUGGAGAAGGAUAUCCAAGAGCACAAGUUUAUAGAAGCUGGCCAGUACAAUGACAACUUAUAUGGGACCAGUGUGCAGUCUGUGAGAUUUGUAGCAGAAAGGGGCAAACACUGUAUACUUGAUGUAUCAGGAAAUGCUAUCAAGCGGUUACAAGUUGCCCAGCUCUAUCCCAUUGCCAUCUUCAUUAAACCCAAGUCUCUGGAACCUCUGAUGGAAAUGAACAAGCGUCUAACAGAGGAACAAGCCAAGAAAACGUAUGACCGUGCAAUUAAGCUAGAACAAGAAUUUGGAGAAUAUUUUACAGCUAUUGUCCAAGGUGACACCUUAGAAGAUAUCUAUAACCAAUGCAAGCUUGUUAUUGAAGAGCAGUCUGGGCCUUUCAUCUGGAUUCCCUCAAAGGAGAAGUUAUAAAUUAGCUACUGCACCUCCGACAACAACAGGAGAGCAUUUAGAAGAACAAAAUAUAUAUAACAUACUACUUGGAGGCUUUUAUGUUUUUGUUGCAUUUAUGUUUUUGCAGUCAAUGUGAAUUCUUAUGAAUGUACAACACAAACUGUGUGAAGCCAUGAAGGAAACGGAGGGGCCAAAGGGUGGGACAGAAAAGACAUUGCAGUACACAGGAAGGCUUUGGGUUUGCUCAAAGUGCCAGGUGUAGGGAUGAACCUCUGACGGGCUUUGUGCCCAAGAGAUGGGCAGCCUCCUCACCCAGCAGAUGUCCAGAGCUGAUUUAGCUGCUGAGUUCUCUGUGUUUUUUGCUUUAAAGAAAAGUUGCCAGCACUUGAACUUCACCAACCUUCCCAUUACCCACAUCUGUAAUUGGUAUACUUCGAAUUUUAUAACUAUGCACAUCCUUUGAUUUCCUAACAAGCAAAAGAAAGGACAAAGGAAAAAAAAGAAAGGAAUCCCUUUGGAGACGGCAUAGUAUCAGGGAAGGAUAAGUGUGUAGUUUCUUUGCCUGGCAUCUGCAAAGACGAGCAUUUCAUAAAAUUCACAAGUGUAUGGAGGACUGACCUCACUGAGAGGAGGGGAUUCCACCUGGGAUUAGCUUUAUGAUUGUUUAUUGUCUAUUUUGCCAUUUAUAAACUGAAAGAAGGCACUAAAGAUGAGAAUAAUUUAUACAAUAAAAAUAUAUUAAAUGUAUAGAAACGAAUUUCUAUAGGUUAAAAAAAGUUUUGUGAAAUAUUUUGUAAAGACGAAUUAAUUGAAAGACUCAAUGUAUGCACUAUCUGCAGAUGAUCCAAUUCAAGAACAGAAAGUUGCACUCUCCCUUUUGUUGCCAAUGAUCCAUUAAGAGCAUCUGAGUUCCUUUUGAAGCCUGACAAAGACUUCUCCCUCACUUACCUCCCAUGAUCUCCCUUCCACAUUAGUGAUAAACUCUCAUGGAGCACAUCCCUUAAUGAGUUGCCCUCAUGGAUAUUUUUGGAGGACGUUUGGUUAAUGCAUUUUUUAAGCUGAUGGCUUUCAGAGACAAACUCAUGCAAAUGUUGUAAAGGGAAGUUUUGCUUUUCUCUUGUUGAACAACCUGAGCCUGCUGUGCAAAUAGCUGAAUAACAUCGUUCCUAGUUACUUACAUAGAAUUCUUAAAGGAUUGCUUAGUAUUUUGGCCAUCAUGAAUAAUUAGGACUUUUUUAUUUUGCCUGUUUCACAAGUAACUGAGAGGAAGGUACGGAGCCAUGGAGAGAUCUGUCCCAAGAUGCACUAUUUCUUUGAGGAAGAGAGAGAAAGGAAGUAUCUGGUUGGGGGGUGAGGAGUACAGACUUUUGUUUCUAUAUACAGGACAAAGAGAUAGGAACCAUAAUGAAAGACCAUUAAUGACUUUGAGCUCAACCAAUUGAACUGCCUUUCUUGGGGGCUGUACCUGGACCAAGUUUAUUUUUUAGCAAUUAUAAUAGUGAUGAUUUAAAAAAGAAACCUCCCAAAGCCUAUAUCCCACUUUAGAGCUGAUGGUGACAUCAGCAUUGCUUGUGCCCAAGGUGUUUAGAGAGAGACUUUUCAGUGAUCUCAAGAACUACUCAACUCUGGGUUCUAUGCACGCCCAGACUAAGCCCCAUCGCCUUAUUUCUGGGGUACAUCCAGACCUGGCAGGGAUUCUGCCACACUGUGCAGCAAACCAGCAUGCAGGCUGGGAUGGGAGAGCAAGAGAUAGAGCCAUCAGCAGUGAUGGGGCUUCUUCACAGUAAGAACAUCAGAGCUCAGAAUGAGGGUCUCUUUCCAAAAGCAAGUGUUCUUCAUCUUACACUAAAGUACCACUGUCUGCCUGGCUGCAGUCAUCAAAACAAACACAGAAAUGCAAAAUCAUGCAUCUACCUACAGUCUUGAGGCUGCCUUUACCAGUGGAAGGGCUAGCAAUGCAUUUUCCCUCUGAUGAAAAUUAAAUUCCCCAAGACGUCCUUAAAAUGCUCAAAAAUGUCAAAGAUGUGUCCAUGUCUGCAAUUCGCCAGUUUCAGGUCAAGACCUACUUUCAUCAAUCUUGCUCCCUGAAGUUUUCUGCCACCAGAAUGCCAUUCCUGAUCCCAGCUCUAUUUUCAGGCCACCAUGAUAACUUCUUUGGUUUCUCAACUGAGCAUGCAACCAUUUAUUUACAGGACUGUCUUUAAUGAAUAGAUGUUUCCGCGGGUCGUGUGAUGUGCUUUCCAUUUAAUAUUGAGUAUUGCUGUGGCUGAGUACAAUCAAAUUGAACCACCAACCCUUGGUUUUGUAGUAAUAUAAUUAUUUAUUUUCCUAGUGUAGAUGCUUCUGGAUUAGAAUUGGCAUUUGCACUGAUUUUUUUAUGUAGAUUUCUAUAAAUAUAUAUAUACAUAUAUAUUUGCUUGAAGAAUCACCAAACCAAUUGGUGAGAGGGUCUUUUCCUGUAGAAUUUCCACCUCCAUUUGUUGUGUUGUCUUGCGCUUCCCAAUGUUGAGGUCUCUAUGGCUCCAACGAACUGGUGUAUUUUGCAGCAAAUCUGAUGACUUGUAUGUACGGAAAUGGCAUGAAAGUUACCCAGCUUGUAACUGGUGCAAAUGUACGUGGAGCCUGAGGCCAGACUGGUGCUAACACUGCAAACUUUGUCGAGAGCUCUCUCCACUCUGAAGGCUUGCUGGGGGCGCAACGUCACCUUCCACAUGCUGGGCCCUUUCAGAAAAGUGCCAGAUCGUGUCACUGGUGCUAUUUUUCAUGCUCUGGUACAAUGUGUAGCACCACAGGGGUCUCAGCUUUACCAAAAUCUAAAUCCUAUUUGUCAGCUAAUUACAGGGGCAUUUGUUUUUUUUUUGUUUUUUGUUUUUUGUUUUUUUUGCUCUCUUCCCACAGGAUUUGAUGGCCAUUUCUUUGCAGGCCUUUUCUCCCAGCCCCGAGCUCUUGGGUUGGCUCUGUUGAGUAAGCCCAUCUUUAUGAAGCUGCACUCAGGUGCCUGUGAGCUGUCUUAGAUCCUACUGCCAGCCCUUCAGGACUCCGAGCCAGGGAAAAUCUCUCCACUCCUAUGGCUCUUGCCUGUUUUCUUCUCAUUCUUUCCCUCCUAGUUCUCAUUCCAUCUCUUUUGUAUACAUUUCUGUUUAUCCUUCUUUCCUGUCUUCUCUGAGUUGUUGGCUUUCUUCUCCAUCCCUUCUCUACUCCCUCUCCUUUAACCCUCCAGUCUGUCUGUCGCUCCUUUAGUCUCAGUCUCUCCCCUCCCUCUUCCUUUUUCUCCACCUUUCCUAGUUUUUCUCUUCUCACAUCUCUGAUCGUCUCCUCUCCCAUAACCCACUCCUGAAUUUUUUGGUCCUGUAAGGGCUCAUGGCUGAUUCAGACAGCAAGUCCAUAUGCUGGACGAAUGACACAAAUUCUUUGGGUCACUGUUUCACCCAGGCAGCCCAGAAAGCAAAGCUGAGCAUGAACGAGGUCCUGCGCUGGCGCCAGCUCCAGCCCGCCUCCCUGAGCCAGCCUGCACCACUGCCCUGGCAGUGAUGAUGCACGUGCUCUGGGCCCUGCCGGCACCUGGGUGCCUCUCUGCCUGAAGUCUGGUCCGAAGCGAGCCUGCUCCCAGCACCGUCCCACGGCUCUGAGGACACUUCUUUUCAAUAAAGGCAGACUGUGGCCCCAACAAUUAUUCUGACAGCAUACCUUUUCCUUCUCAUGGAAGCCAUUGCCAUCACCUUGGUUUGGAGAGAGAGAAUUUUUUUUCCCCAUUCAUAAGCUUUCUUUUUUCUAUUUUCAUGUGAGGCUCCCUCUGCUUUUCAGCUGGCGAUUGCUCUGGUGAGAUUGAAUGGACUUGCUGGUGAAAUCACAUCUCUUUUUUCCUGUCUUGGUCCUGCCUAAAUUCCUACAAAAAUAUUUGAGUCAAAGACUCAGGCUAGUUCCUAAGUUGAUCAUAGUAAUUUGUCACUCCUAAGGGAACAAAAGGGGACAUUUCCCUUAGAGCACGUGGAGUACCUCCCAUGACCACUGAUUUGAAAGAGGACUCCGCCCAGAAUUCUGUGGCUAUACAUUUUACUUCUGUGUAUGUAUGGUAUGUGUGGUAUGUAUAUCAUAUGUACAUGUGCAUAUGAUACAUAUGUAUCAUACUACAUUGGGUACAAAUGGACGUGGAUGGAAACCACACACACACUUUAGUCUGUAAAUAUCCUUCCUCACUGAAAACUGUGCUUCAGAAAUCAUUUCUUGUACAGCUGUGCAGUUUCUUGUAGCAGCUGAGGACAAGCUGACACAGGGGAGCGAUGUAGACAAAGAUCUUGGAAGGAUGGAGUACAGAAUCUCCCUAGCGACUCGUGAGGACAGACCAAAUGGCAAGGCUGACUCCCACUGAGGUGGCAAACUUUCCUUCUCUCCUUUUGGAAUCUGUGUUUCCUAAAUGCGUCUUAACUUAGGAGUGCACCAGGCUGUAUGCGUGAGAUCCUUUCAGUAGGACAGUUUUGUGCUUCUCCCUGACAGGAUGCUUCUCCAUGGAACUGAAGUGCAGGAUGGGAGGGAGGGGGACGUGCUCCUUGCCUGGGCUGGCGUUUACAGAGACACUGCACAGCUUACACUCCUGUUAAGUGUAAAUAUUCCACACUUCCAUUCCAUUUGUGUAAAAAAUAAAGCACACACAAUUAUAAAAUCAAGAUGUAUAUUUCCUA